UCAGCUGGAUGAGGGCGCGACUGACUGUCACUCGCAACUAAAAAAGUAAACUGAUCGCCUUAAAAGCUAUAUGUGAAUGAUUUUCUUCAUACUUCAAAAUUGAAAUUCCUCGGAAUUAGUCCGCUUUUACAUGUUUUAUUUAUCUUUUUUUUUAAGUCACUUAGAAGAUUUUUGAAGCUUAGAAAGUUGAAAAUCGGACAAAAGUUUAUUUUUUUGUUGUUGGCCAACGCCAACGCCUUUCUGGACGUUUCACCGCUCGGUGUCCUUUCUCCGCGAUCCAUGCUCUGUUGAAAAGACUUGGGAAAAGUACUUGGAAAAGCCACAAUGGGCUGCACCAUCAGCGCCGAAGACAAAGCUGCGCUGGAGAGGAGCAAGAUGAUCGAUAAAAACCUGCGGGAAGACAAGGAGAAGUUACUGAGGGAAGUUAAGCUGCUUUUGCUUGGUGCUGGGGAAUCUGGGAAAAGCACACUCGUCAAGCAGAUGAAAAUCAUUCACGAAGAUGGCUACACAGAGGAAGAAUGCAGUCAAUACAAAGUGGUGGUCUACAGCAACACCAUCCAGUCCAUAAUUGCCAUCGUCCGGGCAAUGGGGCGCUUAAAGAUAGACUUCGGCAACGGGUCCAGCGCGGAUGACGCCCGGCAGCUGUUUGCGCUCGCCAGCUCGGCAGAGGAAGGGGCUAUGUCGGCGGAACUCAGCGGAGUGAUCCGUCGCCUGUGGGCAGACGGCGGCGUACAGGCCUGCUUUGACAGAUCGCGGGAAUAUCAGCUCAACGACUCGGCUGCAUACUACCUGAACGACUUGGAAAGGCUCUGCCAGCCCAACUACAUCCCGACCCAACAGGAUGUGCUCCGGACACGUGUCAAAACAACAGGCAUUGUGGAAACUCACUUCACUUUUAAAGAGCUCUACUUCAAGAUGUUUGACGUGGGAGGUCAGCGCUCGGAGAGGAAGAAGUGGAUCCAUUGUUUUGAGGAAGUCACGGCCAUCAUUUUCUGCGUCGCUCUCAACGACUACGAUCUUGUCUUGGCGGAGGAUGAGGAGAUGAACCGCAUGCAUGAGAGCAUGAAGCUGUUUGACUCUAUCUGCAACAACAAGUGGUUCACAGACACCUCCAUUAUCCUCUUCCUUAACAAGAAGGACCUGUUUGAGGAGAAGAUUGGCAAGAGUCCGCUCACAAUCUGCUACCCAGAGUACACAGGUGAGAACACGUACGAGGAGGCGGCCAUGUUCAUCCAGGGCCAGUUCGAAGACUUGAAUAAACAAAAGGGCAGCAAGGAGAUCUACACCCACUUCACAUGUGCCACUGAUACCAAGAACGUGCAGUUUGUGUUUGACGUCGUCACUGAUGUUAUCAUCAAGCUCAACCUGACGGAUAUCGGGCUCUACUAAAAAUGCAAAGGCAUCACAAAGUCAUCUUGGCCCCUGCAGUGUCUGCAUCAGGUGCAGUUUUUUUGUGUGUGUGUGAUUUUUUUUUUUUUUUUAAUGUUUUUUUU